CUCGGCCUUAUGGCUAAGAUCAAAGUGUAGUAUCUGUUCUUAUCAGCUUAACAUCUGAUAGUUCCUCCAUUGGAGGACAACAAAUGUUAAACUGAUUUUUGGAAUCAGACGGAGUGCUAGGAGCUUGCUCCACCUCUGUCGCGGGUGGGCCCGGUAUUGCAGUACCGCCGGGAUUUCGGCCCAACUUAAUAAUAAAUGUUAUUUUAAAAAGAAAUCAGGUUAAACUUGAUCGGCAAUUUUGCCCUGAUUUAGUAAGAUUCUUAAGGAAACUGCAAUUAAAAUGUUUGAUUUCUUGAAAGUCGAUUAGUGUCUCCUUUGCAUGGAUGUCAGAUUUUCCCGAAAAUUUUCGGUGAUUGGGAUGACCGAAAACUGCAGGGACCAAAUCAUAACUCAGCCCGAAACUGAAUUAAAAUUAGUAGUAAUUUAGACUUUGUCAGUUUUAGACUUUUAGGCUUCAAAAUUAUGUUAUUUGUGUAAGUUUGGCUAAAAUUCUUUUCCAACAUGUCUGCGGCAUCCACCUCCAAAGCAAACCAAGAUGGAGAUAGGAGAAGCAGAAGCCAAAAACGCCAGGAGCGGCGGAAGCAGCGCCUCCAAGAGAUGCAAAGUCUACUGUACACCAAGCACUUUUCCAACUGCCGGCUGCCCAUACCGGUGGCUUCAUCUUCCGAGGAGCAACUUCUCCACCUAAAGCGCUUAGAGAACCUCACCGAAACGCCGAGGAGCAGACGAAUCCCGCUGUUUGUGUUGCCGCACAGCAGUUCACCGUGGGCACGAAUGUCUCUGGUUCCAUGUCCCUGUCAGGAAUGCAAAUGCUUUAUGGAACCCUGUGGUCUGUUGGGUCACUAUCUAAGGGACCAUCUGCCGGGAAUGGGAGUUCCCUUCUUUGAACUGGAGGCGGGUAAAAAGGCGACGCUAACCUGCCAUUUCAGCAGCUUAGAAAGCGAUAUCAACUCGCUGCUGGGUGUCUAUGGCUAUCGGCGCACAGGACUCAAUCCCCUGAAAUGCCACCGGAACACCCAUUUGCCAGCGGAAUAUCGCCAGUACUCACAGCACGGUGCCCUAAUGGUCUUUGCCUGCCGCACCGCCCACUCGAUGCUGUGGCAAAAGAAACGGGUCAAGUGCGAUGUCCUGGCCCUUUGGGUGUCAACUCCUUUGCAGGAUGUGUCCAUCAAGCUGCGCCUACUGGUCCAACCGGCUAAAUCCCCACGUUAUUACUCCAAACUCAUCAAGGCCCGCUCUAUUUUUCCCUGGUCGGCUAACCAACCCUGCAGCGAGUUCAUCAAAACGGACAGCAAUGUGAUCCUCAUUAGCUUCGAGGAUCUCCGAGAACUAAUGGAUCUGGAUGUGUGUCAGCAACUGCUUACCGUGGAACUAAAGGUCAUCAGCGAAUCAAGAAUUUGAUAAAACAAAUACCAGAAAAUGAUAAAUUGGAGUUUGCAAUAUUUUUGGCCUUGUAUUUAGUCUAAGAUUAAACAUUGAAACAUAAAACUUGAA